AUGUCCGAGCUUGGCAACGACACGCUUCAGAACAGCUCCCAUAACGGCCAUGGUUCGGGCAAGCGGCCCGACAUGACCAGCUCUUCCGCGCCUCAGGCUCACACCAAGGGCCUCGUCACUGUCCAGCCCUUGCGACGAUCCGAGAUGCAACCUUCCUACAAGCAGAACCUCGGCCUUGACACUGUCGAACACGGCUUCUAUGGUUCGAUGAUCAACGGUAUCGGUGCUAUCGCCGGUUGCUUCGGUCAGAUCCCCUUUUGCUUCUGCUGUCCCAACCCUUUCAAAGAAGUGGAGCAAGGAAGUGUCGGACUGGUCUCUCGCUUUGGGAGGUUCUAUAGGAGUGAGGACCCAGGUCUAGUUCAAGUCAACCGUUGUAGCGAAUCUCUUCGACGAGUCGACGUAAAGAUCCAAACACUUAGUGUGGCCCAGAUGUCGUGCAUCACGCGUGACUCUGUUUCAGUCUCGUUGGACUCUGUCGUCUUCUGGCACAUCUCGAACCCUUAUCGAGCCGCCUUUGGUAUUGCCGAUGUCAAGUCAGCUUUGACAGAACGAGCUCAAACUACACUGCGAAACGUAGUCGGAGGGCGAACUUUGCAGUCUUUGGUCACGGAUCGAGAGCAAGUGGCGCUCGAAGUGCAAGAGAUUGUUGGAGACGUAGCCGAUCGAUGGGGUGUUCAAAUCGAAUCCAUCCUCAUCAAGGAUAUUCUCUUCUCCAAAGAACUUCAAGAAUCUCUCAGCUCAGCUGCAAAGCAGAGACGGAUUGGUGAGAGUAAAGUGAUUGCAGCUCAGGCUGAAGUUGAUGCUGCUCGACUCAUGCGUCAGGCGGCCGACAUUUUGGCUUCCAAGAGUGCCAUGCAGAUCCGUGCACUCGAGAGUCUACAGGCAAUGGCAAAGACUGCCAACAGCAAGGUCAUCUUUGUUCCCAUGAACCUCAACUCUCUUUCGGAGAACGACGAUUUGCCUCCUGGUGGUACUGGCCCGGGGGCUAAUAUUGCGCCUAGUGGAGCAGCAGCGUCUGCUUCCGGGUCUGGAGGCAACAGACAGGCGAGUAUGAUCAAUACUGCUGCUUUGACGCAGUUGGCUGAGAUGUAA